AUCUUCAAAGUUAUCUACCAUUCAAAUUUUCGUUCUUGUUAUUUUUCUGUAAAAUUCAAAUUAAUUUGCUUUUGGACUUUUCUGUUCUUGAUUUUUUUAAAUUAUUCCUUUGUUUUUAUUUCAUUUGACUCCUUUAUGAUCAACAGCGUAAAUGGCAUUUAAGUUUGAAUCAGAUACUUAUCAUUGGCAAUCAAAUUUGAUCAGCGGUAAAGGCGAUCAAAAUUUUGGUUUAGUUAUCUUGAAUCAUGCUUUGGACGAUCUCGAUUCAAAUCAGCUCGAUAAUUUCAACAAUCUUUGGCAAUCAGCUAAACUUAAAUUAUCUGUUGAUGGUGGAACCAAUUCGUUGAUUGAUUUAGGACCAACAUAUGUUCCUGAUUUGAUUACUGGUGAUUUCGAUUCAAUAAAAGAGUCAACUACUAAUUAUUUUAAAAAACUGGGAGUGGAAAUAAUUGAAACACCAGAUCAGAAUUACACCGAUUUCAUGAAAGCAUUGUUUGUAUUGGAUGAAAAACACAUGCGAAAUCAGCUUAAUUACAUUGUAGUUUUAUGGCAAGUUAAUCAUCGUUUGGAUCAAUCUUUCAGCAACAUUUCUACUCUGCAUAAGUGGUCCGAAGAAAAAUCAGAUUGUCCAAUAUUUUACCUCGAUUUGAAGGGUUCACUAUCGUGGUUAAUGAAAAAGGGGCGCCAUGAAAUUGUGAGCAAUUCACAACCGAAAUGGCUUUCAAUUGUACCUUUUGAUGGACCUGCUACUAUUACCUCCAGUGGACUGUUGUAUAAUAUGAAUAAGAUGACUCUUUCGUUUAGUUCAAUUCUCAGCACCUCCAACCAAUUCGCUAAGUCAGAUGAAAAAGCCAUUUUAGAAGUUGAAGAUAAUCCCGUUUUAUGGUCACAGCAUUAUUGCCCAACGUAAUUCCAUUUACAGGCUAUAUUAGUCCAAGAAAACGGAGCUUUGAUGAACAGGAACUUUCAGAAUUUUUGUUACAAAAUUUUAAUUCAACCCAGUGAUGUUAUUAUACUUUUAUAAGUUGAAUCAUGUAUAUUCAGUUAAUCUGGCGCAUUGGUCACUUCCUUUUUCUUUACAAUUUUCAAGACGAGCAAUUCGAGAACCAAAUUGAAUAGCUCGCUUCCAAUAUCCAGAAACUUUUAUUAAACCUAAUUUUUUAGCA